AUGGCAAUUCUUUUGCCUCGCAACGACGCUCUCAACACUCACCCGCCGGCGGGUGACCAGUACCUGACCACCAACGGUUCUAACUGGUUGUUUGCCGUCGCGGCCCUCUUUGGCUUCUCUACUCUCAUCUUCUAUGCCCUCAAGUUUCGCGCGCGCGCUGGCGAGCGGUUCUUCCACUAUGUCUUCAUCAUCGCCUCUCUCGUCGGCCUGAUUGCCUACUACGCCAUGGCCUCGGACCUCGGCUGGGACCUUAUCCGCCAGUCGAAUCAGGUCAACCGCAGCGGCUUCUUCCGCCAGAUCUUCUGGCCCAAGUACGUUUUUUGGGUCGUCGAGUUCCCCGCUGUCAUUCUCGCUCUCGGCGUCCUCUCGGGUGUCUCCUGGGCGACCAUCAUCUUCAACAUCUUCCUCUCCUGGAUCUGGAUUAUCGCCUACCUCGUCGCCGCCUACACGCCCUCUAACUACAAGUGGGGCUUCUUCGCCUUUGGCUUCCUCGCCCACCUCUUCCUGCUCUACUCCACAUUGGUGCACGGCCUGCGCAGCGCCAACCGUGUCGCCAUCAAGCGCGACUAUCUGCCCCUCGCCGCCUGGACCAAUUUCCUCUGGCUGUUAUACCCCAUUGCUUGGGGUCUCACCGAUGGCGGCAACUACCUCGGCGUCGUUGCGGGUUUCAUUUGGUUCGGCAUCCUCGACCUCCUUCUCUUGCUCGGCGUCGGCUAUGCCAUCGUUGCCCUGUCGCGCCGUUGGGACUACCACCGCCUCAACAUUGCCUUCACCCAGUACGGUCGUGUCCCGACCGCGGCUGGUACCUUUCCCGAAAAGGAGGCGGCACACGCAUCAGCGGCCGCUACCCCGGCUGGCACCACUGCUGUUUAA